AUGAAACUACCUAAUGUUGAAGAUUUUUCUGUGCAGAAUGAACCUGUUUUGGGAUAUCUUCCUAAUUCUGAUGAAAGAAAAGAAUUGGAGAAAAAGUUAAAAAAAUAUUCUGAAAAUGUUGAAGAAGUACCAAUAGUUAUUGGCUGCUCAGAAUUGAGAACGAAAAAUGUCAAAUAUCAAGUAAUGCCUCAUAAUUUUAAUCAUAAAAUUGCCAAGUUCUACUACGCAGACAAGGAAAUGAUUGAAAAAGCUAUACAAACAGCUGUAUGUGCCCAGAAAGAAUGGGAAUCUAAUACAACACUAGAAGAAAGAAUUAAAAUAUGGAAUAAUGCUGCUCACAUGAUGGCUACAUGUUACAGACAAGACUUAAAUGCUGCCACAAUGCUAGGUCAAUCUAAAACUGUGAUUCAAGCUGAAAUCGAUUCAGCAGCAGAGCUUGAAGCAUUGAAAUAUCAACCAAUUAGCACUGAUCCAGACGUAACUCUUAAUUCAAUGAGAUACAGAGGUUUGGAAGGAUUUGUUGCUGCUGUUUCUCCUUUCAAUUUCACUGCUAUCGGUGGAAAUUUGGCGUACACUCCAGCUUUAAUGGGUAACAGCGUCCUUUGGAAACCUUCUGAUACGGCGUUGUUAUCUAAUUGGAUUAUUUUCAAGAUAUGCAGGGAAGCAGGUGUACCACCCGGUGUAGUAAAUUUUGUACCAGCUGAUGGACCAGUUUUUGGAGAUGCAAUCACUGCCAGCAGUCAUUUGGCGGGCAUCAAUUUUACCGGAUCUGUACCGACUUUCAAUCGACUUUGGACUCAAGUGGGUCAAAAUAUUUCCAAAUAUAAAAACUUUCCACGAUUAAUCGGAGAAUGUGGUGGAAAAAAUUAUCAUUUUGUUCACUGUACCGCUUGCGUACAAUCCGUCGUCAAUGGAACCAUUCGAUCCGCUUUUGAAUUUUGUGGUCAAAAAUGUUCUGCGUGCAGUAGAAUGUACGUUCCUGAAUCCCUGUGGUGCGAUAUUAAGCAGGGAUUGAUCGAAACCCUUAAAAGUCUAAAAAUCGGAGAACCGACCGAUUUUAAAAAUUUUGCUGGGGCUGUUAUCGAUAAAAAAGCUUACGACAGAAUAGUCGGUUAUAUAAAUCAUGCCAAAGGAAGUCCUAAUUUGGAAAUCAUAGCAGGAGGAAAACACGAUGACAAAAAAGGAUAUUUCAUUGAGCCGACAAUAAUCGAAACGAAAGAUCCUCAAGACAAAAUAAUGCACGAAGAAAUAUUUGGUCCCGUUUUAACCGUUUACGUUUACAAAGACAAUUGUCUUGAGCAAACAAUGAAACUCGUGAGCGAAACAUCGCCAUAUGCAUUGACAGGAGCUGUAUUUGCCGAAGACAUGGAUUUUCUUUCAUACGCUCUAGAAUAUUUUAGAAAUACAGCUGGAAAUUUCUACCUAAAUGACAAAUCUACUGGUUCCGUUGUUGGACAGCAACCUUUCGGCGGAGCAAGGCUCUCUGCGGGAGGUCCCCAUUACGUACUUCGAUGGUCAUCACCGCAGUCCGUUAAAGAGACAUUUGUACCUUUAACAGAAGUAAAAUAUCCCUACAUGAGUGUAUAA